CUCGCAAAUAAAAUGACCAGAAGUCAAAAAGCUGGUUUGUUGAGAUAUCAGUUUGGUUGGAAGCAGAUUCAGACACUAAACCGAAAAACCGAACGAUUACAACAACAAUUAGGCUGAACAAUGAAUCCUCUUACAAACUGUCUAUGCAUCCUAGUUGUUGUGGCUGUGGUUUUUAGCCUGAGUUAUUCAGAAACACCAGCCAUGUGUCCAGGUUUAAAUGGUAGAGAUGGAAGAGAUGGGGCUAAUGGCCCAAAGGGUGACCCAGGUGUGCAUGGAGAGCCUGGAAUUCCAGGUGAAAGAGGAAACACAGGUCCUCCAGGGAAAGUAGGACCAAAAGGCAAUCCAGGGGAAAAAGGAAAUACUGGAGAUACAGGCCUGGCUGGAAAUAAAGGGGCGAAAGGGGAAAUAGGAGUUGGUUUGCCAGGAGGACAAGGCCAAAAAGGAGAGAAAGGAAGCCCAGAUGUGGAGAGCAUCAAGAAAACGGUGGAUUUGGAAAGUCGAAUCGUUUCCUUAGAGAAAAAAGUGUUCUGGCUAAAAAAUGUUUUGCUCUUCCAUGGUGGUAAACAAGUUGGUGAUAAAGUGUUUGUGACUACUGGUGGGGAAGAAAACUUUGACAAUGCCCAGAAGACUUGUAGAGAAGCUGGAGGAAGAUUGACCGCUCCACGAAAUGCAGCAGAAAAUAGUGCGAUAGAAGAGAUAAUCCGCACUAAGGGAAAUGGAAAGAAAGCUUUCCUGGGUAUAACAGAUUCAGAAGUUGAAGGGACUUUCAAGUACUCUACAGGUCAAACGAUUACUUUCCAGAAUUGGAACCCAGGAGAGCCAAAUAACAACAAGAACAUUGAAGAUUGUGCGGAGAUGAUAUCCAAUGGUAAAUGGAAUGACAUGCCUUGCAAUGAGCAGCGCCUAGUUAUCUGUGAAUUCGAGUAAACCAGAUUAAAACUGUGAGAGAAAAAGUAAAUUUUAGCCUUGCUGUAUAUCCAUUAAAGAUCUUUAAUGCUACAUGUUCAACUUCUAAAAGAAGAAAAUGUAAAAAAUAAAGGAAAAUAACAAAACACUCA